GAAGUUCAGGGAAAGUUCAUCAAUAUACUGGAAGGCCUGGAGCUGUAUACCAGGGUUUUUUCAGAAAGUGAUGAAAGAAGCAUUCUAUACUGUAUCUUUGAUUUAAGAGAUAGAGGUCGAGCGGGCCUUCUCAUGGAAAGGGCAUAUUCUGAGCCAAAGAAAUGGAUGAGAGGAAAGGGAAGAAUCACCAUCCAAUGCGGCUGUUGUUAUAACUUCACAAAUGACAGACAGGGGAAUCCGCCUGGGAUCCUCAGACGAGACCAAGUAGAUCCACUACCGUCAAUGAUAAAGUGGAUGAUCAAAAGAAUGGUCAAAUGGAAUAUUCUACCUGCAAAUUGCAUUCCCAAUAGUUGCAUUAUCAAUAUCUAUGAAGAGGGUGAUUGCAUUCCCCCACACAUUGAUCAUCAUGAUUUUGUGAGGCCCUUCUGCAUGGUCUCUUUCCUGAGCAAAAGCAAUACUUUAUUUGGAAAAGAAAUCAGGAUCGUCGGCCCUGGUGAGUUCAGAGGUUCUAUGGAGAUUCCUCUGUCAGUCGGUUCAGUACUCGUUCUUAAAGGAAACGGUGUAGUCGUUGCCAAACAUUGCAUUCGAGGGGUACGACACCGUAGGGUGUCUGUGACUUUCUGCAGGAUGGAUGACAGCAAAAUGCCAUAUGGAUUUCAGCCCGACCCGGAACUGGAAGAGCUACUGUC